AUGUGUAAGUGGGGUGAAAACGGAAGAUGGAAGGAAAUCAUGGUUCGAUACUGGAGGCACCGCGGGAAGGAAAUAUUCAAGCGACUAGAACCUCAUAUUGAUAAAUACUUCCCGUAUCACAAACCGGAACUGGAUCGAGUUUCGGGAGAGAAGGCCUAUUUUACCGGGAAGAGGGUACGUGCUCCUUUCGAUCUUGCACUUGGACAAGUCGUUCCAUUCGGACAACAAUUGACAGCAUCUCAUCCGGAGAUUGUUAAAGUGCGUUUGCACAAGCUAUGCCUGAAUCGAUUCUUGUUGAAGUACUAUUACCAAACGGCGACAUACUGGGUACACCGAUCGGGCUUCCAACCAACCAUAGGGGAUAUUGUGUUGAUAGAAAAAACAGACCCUCCGAUCGCUUUCAAUACCGUUUACAGAUUGAAGAAGGUGGUGUUUCCGGCCGGCAAUCUGCAAGAUCCUGUAACUGGUCUCCAAUGUGAGAGCUCUCAGUAUUCUUUAGAGGACCUUCGACAGUUACUUAGUUCUUCAAGUCUCGCGGAUCACCACUGA